AUGGCUGCACCAAACUCCACCUCCUCCACCUCAUCUCUCCCCCCUUUCUCCUCGCCCAAUGUUGGCGAGGGUGUCAUCUACGAGUAUGGCCAAGUGCCUUUCUCGAUGCGCCAUGUGUUGAUGGGAGAGGACAAUCUCUCCCAGUCAAUUGACCCCCUGCUGCGAGACUCGACCCCGUCCGAUGGCAGCCAGCAAUCAUGGGACCUGUCAUACUAUCAACAGACUCCUGUCGACCCCAGCCUCGCGUCCAGCGCCUACCACUCGGCAUGUGGACCAAACGACUCGCCAUACCCCUUGAGCUUCAUUGAAAGCAGCCCAUCCAUUGGCAGCGAUGGCCAGUUUGAAAUGGUAGACCCUCCCACCCCGCUCGGCAGUCCAUACGACUCUGACUGCUCUGCUGAGCAGCAGGAGGUUAGCUACUAUCCACGCCCGCAGGAGAACCCAGAAUUCUACCCCAUGGGCAUCAUUGGGCUCAGCGACUCGUGUUCGUUCGGUUCCAACUCCCUAGCCCUUGUUGAUGCACACGGCGGGCACCUUGGUGCUGCCGACGCUGGCGCCAGGCAAUACUCUCUCCACACCACUCUCCCAUACUUUGACUCGGCCAGGCGCGUCAAAGAAGAGAGCCUCACUCCAAGUCUUGAAGACAGGAGGAUCGUGCCCACCAGGGGCUCUACAAGGAGACGUGCCCCUCGCAGCUCACGAUACCAUACUGAGAGGGGCUCGUGCAAGCGAGCCUCUCCCGACCACGAGUCCUCGCCAAGCGGCGACAAGAGGCGCAGGAUUCACUCGACCAACAAGAGGUUCUGCCACAAGUGCAAGAAGAACUUCCCGAGCCGAUCGUCACUCGACGAACACACGGGCUUGGAGCACCCUCGCCCCUACAUCUGCGUCUUCCAUUACGCCGGCUGCAACGCCAGAUUUGAUGCCAAGAACGAAUGGAAGCGUCACGUCAGUACCAAGCAUCUGGGCUUGAAGUACUGGGUCUGCACGGAGGGCAAGUGUGCCGACGAGCGGCAGUCGGCCUACCAGCGAGACGCAGGCCUGCCGUCCUACGGCAACAUCUUCAACCGCAAGGACUUGUACACCCAGCACAUUCGCCGGAUGCACGCCUCGGUCAUCGGCCAGAGUACCACAGACUACAGGGGAACAGAUAUGAGAUCUGACCUCAUUGUAAAGCACAUGCAAGAGGAAGCCCUGCGCAUUAGAUGCAAACUCCCAACCUGGAUGCCUUGCCCCGUGCAGACGUGCGACAAGUCCUUCACUGGCACAACCGCCUGGGAUGAGCGCAUGGAGCACGUGGCCCAGCAGCACUUUGACAAUGUUGCUGCCGGCCGAGAGCCAGCCGUCGAGUUUGGAGGUGCUCAUGAUACCGUCUUGACUGAGUGGGCGCAGCGCCCCGACAUUCGCAUUGUCAAGAAGACUGAAGUUGGAUGGGAGCUCUGCGAACCCCUAAAGGGAGAGGCCGAGUACAGGAUGGCCACUCCAGAUAUUGAGGCGUGA